ACAAAUUUUCAGUAAGUUAUUUUAUUAUAUUCGUCGGAAUUACAAUAGGAAUAAGUUUGUAUGAAUGUUUUGUUGAUAGAUGUGCUUAGAAGUAGUUGUCAGGAAUGGAGAUCAAUGAUGCAAAUUUAUCAGAACUAUUAGGUCAUCUUCAAAAGACGCUAUCACCUGAUGGAGUUACGAGAAAAUCAGCUGAAAAAUGCCUUGAAAGCAUUGAAGGAAAACAAAAUUACCCACUGCUGCUUUUAAAUUUGGUGGAUAAAGAUGGUGUUGACAUGACACUGAGAACAGCUGGAGCUGUGACAUUCAAGAAUUACAUUAAACGAAAUUGGAAGGUUGAAGAAGAUGCAGUAGAUAAAAUCCAUCACUCUGAUCGGGAAACUGUCAAACAGUUUAUCAUCAAUUUAAUGCUCAAAGCUCCUGAAUCUAUUCAACGCCAGCUCAGUGACGCUGUUUCAAUUAUUGGUCGUGAAGAUUUUCCUGCAAAAUGGCCAAAUUUAAUUCAAGAAAUGGUGGACAAAUUUGGCACGGGUGACUUCCACGUUAUUAACGGUGUGUUGCAUACUGCCCAUUCCAUCUUUAAACGUUAUCGCUACGAGUUUAAGUCUCAAGAAUUGUGGACUGAAAUCAAAUUGGUUUUGGAUAACUUUGCCAAGCCACUGACAGACCUGUUUAUUACGAUGAUGGGUUUGGCUGCGCAACAUGCUAAUAAUCCGGCAGCUGUAAAGGUCAUCUAUAAUUCCCUGACCAUCAUUUGCAAAAUUUUCUAUUCGCUGAAUUUUCAAGACUUACCCGAGCAUUUUGAAGACAACAUGAAAUCAUGGAUGGAAAACUUUCUUGGCCUUCUUACCACCGACAAUCCUUUACUGAAGAGUGACAGCGAUGAAGAAGCCGGAUUAGGUGAACAAUUAAAAUCACAAAUCUGCGAUAAUAUCAGUCUCUACGCUUCGAAAUAUGAUGAAGAAUUUCGCCCUUAUUUGCCUCAAUUUGUCACUGCCGUCUGGAAUCUUUUGGUUUCAACCGGCAAAGAGGUCAAGUACGAUUCACUCGUUAGUAAUGCAAUCGGCUUUUUGAGUUCCGUGGCUGAGCGACCACAUUACAAAGACCUUUUCGCUGACCCCAAUAUCCUGAGUUCCAUUUGCGAGAAGGUUAUUUUGCCCAACAUGGAUUUCCGGCCAUCGGAUGAAGAACUCUUUGAGGACAACCCAGAAGAGUACAUUCGGCGUGAUAUCGAAGGUUCUGACGUAGACACUCGACGACGAGCAGCCUGUGACUUAGUCAAAGCCCUUUCAAAAUCCUUCGAGGCCCAGAUGACGGAAAUCUUUGGUCGGUACGUUGCUGUCAUGUUGGAGUCGUACGUACAAAGCCCAGAAAAGAAUUGGCGGUCAAAGGAUUCUGCCGUUUAUCUCAUCAUUGCGUUAGCCUCGAAAGGUCAGACGGCUCGACACGGCACGACUCAAACUAACCAGUUGGUAGAUCUUGUGGAUUUCUUCCGCACGCACAUAGUGCCCGAACUGCAACAACCCAACGUUGACCGGCUCAUGGUCUUGAAAGCGGAUGCAAUCAAAUACUUGAUGACUUUCCGCAACCACCUACCCCGCGAGGCCAUCAUUGUCUCGUUGAAACCCUUGGUGGACCUGCUUCGUUCACCGAGUCUGGUCGUUCACUCCUACGCAGCCAAUGCCAUCGACAAAUUGCUUAUUCUCAAGGGAUCCGAUGGAUCGGCCUUGAUUAAAGCAACUGAUUUGUCUGGAAUGGAGCAAGCAUUGCUGGCAAACUUGUUCCAUGCAAUGACUCUUGCGGGAUCGGAAGAAAAUGAAUACAUCAUGAAGGCCAUCAUGCGAACCUUUUCGUCGCUACAAGAAGCUGUUUUACCCUAUCUAGGUCACACUUUGGUUGGCCUGAAUCAAAAGUUAAUGUUGGUGUCCCGAAACCCUUCCAAGCCACAUUUCAAUCACUACCUGUUUGAAACACUUUCGCUGUCGGUUCGCAUCGGUUGCAAAGCUGAUCGAUCAGCCGUCGCUUCCUUUGAAGAAGGAUUCUUUCCUUCUUUUCAGGAAAUUUUACUUCAGGACGUACAGGAAUUCGUCCCUUAUGUUUUUCAAAUUCUUUCUCUUAUGCUUGAGUUGCGCGGUGGGCAGUCUGAAGUGCCUGAAUCUUACAUGGCUUUAUUCCCUCAUCUGCUGGUUCCAGUCCUCUGGGAGCGCCCUGCAAACAUCCAUCCAUUAGUGCGUCUCCUUCAAGCCUUUAUCCAAAUUGGCAGUCGUCAAGUUGUUGCGUCGCAAAAGCUUGAAGCGUUAUUAGGCAUCUUUCAAAAGCUAGUGGCCAGUAAAUCUAAUGAUCAUGAAGGAUUUUACCUGCUGCAAAGCAUGAUUGAAUAUCUGCCCAAGGAAGCGCUUACGCCUUUCUUGAGUAAACUCUUUGUACUCUUAUUCCAGAGGCUUUCAUCCUCCAAAACAACGAAGUACGUCAAAUCGAUCAUAGUCUUUUUCUCCUUGUUCGCCAUUCGCUACAGUCCCACAGAGUUGAUUGCCGUCAUAGACGCUGUCCAACCGAAAAUCUUCGCCAUGGUUCUCGAUCGUCUCAUAGUACCUGAUGUUCAACGCGUGUCGGGCACUUUGGAACGCAAAAUUUGCGCCGUUGGACUAGCUCGUCUGCUCUGCGACACUCCCGAAUGUUUCACAGGAGUAUACAGCACUUUUUGGGGGCCGGUGUUGGGGGCCUUGAUUGGCUUGAUUGAAUUGCCCGAGGACGAGUCUGUGCCAGAGGACGAACACUUUGUUGAAAUCGUGGACACACCUGGCUAUCAGUCAGCUUUUUCACAGUUGAUAUUUGUAGGCAAGAAAGAGCGCGACCCAGUCGCCGAAGUAGCCGACCCACGAGCUUAUCUCGUUCAAGCACUGCACCGAUUAUCGACGCAGAAUCCUGGUCGAGUCGGUCCCAUGAUUAGCGCUGCCUUGCCACCGGGGGCUCAAAAUUAUAUUCAGCAGUAUCUUCAGGCAGCGAAUCUCUGUCUAGCUUGAAGGAUGUCCAUCUAUUCUCUCGUACCUUGUCAUUUCUCAGUCGCUGUUGUGCUUUAUGGUUUCAUUCUGUAUCGAUCAUGAAUAAAAUGCUGCAUCUUUCGCACGAA